UUUCGCUAGGCACAUCAUAAAAUCGAUUUGUACUGCUACUUUUUCUUUGUUUACUUUCCUUGUGCAAAUUCGUGAUAGGUGUUUGAUAAAUAUAUAAAUAUUGAUCCUAUUAGGGACUGCGGGAGCUGUCGGUCUAUUGGUUUGCGUCGGCAAAAUGUGAAUUAACAUGAGUGGCGAAUCGAUCGAUUUUGAGAGCGAAGUGGGAAAGCAGCGGUGUCUCAGCUCGGCCGUGUAUGAGUGUGUGUGUAAACUGCGCCCAACUAAAAGUUAAAGGGAAAAGGAAAAUCAAAUUGUAAAGCCACUUCCAACUUUUCGAUCAUGGAGCAUCCUUCCUCGUUACCCGGCUACAUUCGCGAGAAGCUCGCCGAAUUGGAUUUGGAGCUGUCGGAAGGCGACAUCACGCAGAAGGGCUAUGAAAAGAAGCGUGCGAAGCUCUUGCAGCCGUUCCUUAAAAAGCAUGAAGUCGAGAAGGCGAAGAGUACGCCGCCACCGCCAUAUUACAACGUUAAAGAUGCCAACAACAGCCACGGUCACGGAAACAUCAACAACGACGGAGUUGUAGUCUCCAGCGAAGGCUAUAGCUAUGUGACCGAAGUACCGUCUCUAUCAUCCUCACAGCAAAGACAUUCCAAAAAGAUUGACCAUCACCAGUCGUCCUCCAACUCUUCUUCGGCGGCUCAGGGUGGAAAUGUUGGUGGGACUCCCGGCUAUGAAAACAUGCGCCCACAAGGCGGUGCAGUCGGUGAUCCCGGAUAUCAAAACACUCGCGAGCCUAGUGGAUUCCAAAAUCAGGCCCUGUCAUCGACCAAUAACAGUCAGCAUCGGCAACGACGCACACAGCGGAAAGUAACGCACAAUGAAAAACGCUAUCAUUCGGAGGUACGACAGGAGGCUGUACAGCAGGCCCUCGCAGCUCUCAAAGGUCGACCAAAACCCAGCCUCCCCAUGCCUUCAAAACGCACAUCUGUACUCAACCGAAGCCCCGGGUGCAAUGAUGAGCUGGACUCAUCGACAGAUGACGAGUCCAUACCCGAGGAAACCAUUUCCCCCGACAAGGAGUACAACUACCCACGUGACCAUAUAAGCAACAGCAUUCUUCCGCCCGAGCCUAUUAUAAAGCCACCAAUUCGUGAAUCAUCGAUGAGCUCACAGCAGCAUACGAGACUUGAGGCAAAGCAGACCCAAGCGCCAAGUCAGAAGUACACAUCAUCGAAUAGUGCCCCAGAGAGACGGCCACCGCAAAACUUGCCGCCACUUCCUACAUCUGACACUUCAAACACGGACUCCCCUCCCAUUGCAUAUAAGCGAGAGAAUGACUUUUCUGACAAAGUGUUCAAGCAGAAGCACUACAACGCUCCUGACAUAACACAGUUCAACAACGCCCAUCGUGCCGCAGACCGGGUUACACGAUAUGUGAACGUAUCUCAAAAUGAACUGAGCGAAACAGAUGCCAAUGGAAAGUGGAAGGUGUCGGCGAAAAUUCAACAACUCCUUAACACUCUUAAGAGACCAAAGCGAAGACCUCUGCCCGAGUUCUACGAAGACAACGACAUUGAGCUUGAGAUUGCUGCCAACACCAAGGACCCAAAUGCUCCGAAGCCGGAAGGCAGCACAAUGACUCCAGUACAGGGCGAGCAACUGUCCAUUCCGGCCGGACUUCCGCGAUCAUUGGAAUGCGCACUUCAACGCUAUGGCACAAAUUCCUUUAAAAGUCCCAUGGCUACGGUCCUUGAUCCUAAUGGGAAAAUUACAACCACCUUGACCUACGGCAAGCUGCUGUCAAGAGCACAAAAAAUUGCAUACGCUCUAUCCACAAAAAUAUUCAGCAAGGGUCCGGAGCAAGUAACCCUCAAGCCGGGCGAUCGAGUGGCUUUGGUUUAUCCUAACAAUGAUCCUUUAAGUUUUAUUACUGCCUGGUACGGUUGCAUGUUUCGGGGCUUGGUGCCCCUGCCAAUAGAGCUGCCGCUUUCUAGCUCGGAUACACCACCCCAGCAGGUGGGAUUCUUAUUAAGCUCUUGCGGCAUAACUGUGGCACUAACCUCAGAGGCAUGCCUAAAAGGUCUUCCGAAAUCCACGACUACCGGUGAAAUAGCUAAAUUAAAGGGUUGGCCCCGGUUGCAAUGGUUUGUAACUGAGCAUUUACCCAAGCCGCCCAAGGAAUUUAAUGUGGGCAAUUUACGAGUAGAUGACUCGGCCGCAGCUUAUAUAGAAUAUACGACUGAUAAGGAAGGCAGUGUUAUGGGAGUCACUGUUACGCGUGUGUCCAUGAUUAACCAUUGCCGUGCUCUAACUAUGGCCUGCCACUACACAGAGGGAGAGACCAUUGUCUGUGUUUUGGAUUUUAAGCGUGAAGUUGGACUAUGGCAUGCAGUUUUGACUUCAGUUCUGAACGGUAUGCACGUCAUUUUCAUACCCUAUGCCUUGAUGAAGUUGCGCCCCUCCAGCUGGAUGCAGUUAAUUACCAAACAUCGGGCUUCUUGCUGCUUGGUUAAGAGUCGUGACUUGCAUUGGGGCUUGCUAGCUACAAAAGACCAUAAGGAUAUCUCGCUUUCAUCAUUACGAAUGUUAUUGGUGGCCGAUGGUGCCAACCCCUGGUCGCUUUCAUCUUGUGACCAGUUCUUAAGUGUUUUUCAAGCGAAAGGAUUACGCUCAGACGCAAUCUGUCCAUGUGCAAGCAGCUCUGAAGUGUUUACAGUUUCUCUUCGUCGCCCUGGUCGAGGAUCCUGUGGUUUCAGCCCGUCUGCCACAGGACGCGGUGUGCUGUCCAUGGCAGCACUUUCUCAUGGUGUGGUGAGAGUGGACAGUGAGGAUUCACUCACGUCGCUAACCCUGCAGGACUGCGGUCAGGUUAUGCCUGCUGCACAAAUGGUAGUUGUGCGGUCCGAAGGAGCUCCGGUGCUUUGCAAGACCGACCAAGUUGGCGAAAUAUGCGUUACCAGUGGCUCCACGAGCGCCAGCUACUUUGGUCUCGAUGGCAUGACAAAUUCCACGUUCAAAGUUCAACCUUUAAUUGAGGAAUUCGAAUCACCGAAAGAUGGAAAUGGCACGGUGAAUGUGAUUUCUAAACCGAUUGGCGAAGAAUAUUACGUGCGGUCGGGACUUCUUGGAUUUCUGGGACCUGGAGGCUUGGUCUUCGUUUGUGGCUCCCGCGAUGGCCUGAUGACGGUUACUGGUCGAAAGCAUAAUGCGGACGACAUCAUUGCCACAGUAUUAGCGGUAGAACCAAUGCGCUUUAUUUACCGAGGACGGAUAGCCGUGUUUAGUAUUAAAGUACUUCGCGACGAGCGCGUGUGUGUUAUCGCAGAACAGCGUCCCGAUUGCUCUGAGGAGGAGAGUUUCCAAUGGAUGUCGCGCGUUCUUCAGGCCGUCGAUUCCAUCCAUCAAGUUGGCAUUUAUUGUCUGGCAUUAGUGCCCCAUCAUUUGCCCAAGACUCCGCUCGGAGGCAUACACUUGUGUGAGGCGAGACGCAGGUUCCUGGAGGGAUCCCUUCACCCAGCGAAUGUGCUGAUGUGCCCCCACACAUGUGUUACAAAUCUGCCAAAGCCACGGGAGUUGCAUCAAGACACGGGUGUAGGACCAGCCUCCGUGAUGGUUGGCAAUUUAGUGCAGGGUAAUCGUCUGGCCGAAGCCCACGGAAGAGACGUUGGAUUGGCCGAGGAUUGUGAGCGUAAGCCUCAACUUAUAACGGGAGUACUGCGUUGGCGUGCAAACACCUCUCCGGAUCACAUAAUUUUCACGCUGCUUAAUUCCAAGGGUGCCAUUGCUAAAACUCUAACAUGCUCCGAGUUGCACAAGCGCGCAGAGAAGAUAGCGGCGCUGUUGCAAGAAAGAGGAAGAAUUGAGGCCGGCGAUCAUGUUGCGCUUAUCUUUCCACCAGGGCUGGACUUAUUGUGUGCGUUCUACGGAUGCUUGUACUUGGGAGCAAUACCAAUUACCAUUAGACCCCCUCAUCCGCAAAAUUUGAAUACUACAUUACCUACUGUUCGCAUGAUUGUUGAUGUCUCAAAGAGCGGCAUCGUGCUCUCCAUUCAACCAAUUAUUAAGUUACUAAAAUCACGAGAAGCGGCCACAUCGAUUGACCCGAAAACAUGGCCACCUAUUUUAGAUAUAGAUGACAAUCCAAAACGCAAAUAUGCUGGUAUUGCCACCGUUUCCUUUGACUCGAGCGCCUAUUUGGACUUCAGUGUGUCAACUUGUGGACGUCUCAGUGGUGUCAAUAUAACGCAUCGAUCUCUCUCUAGUCUGUGCGCCAGUUUAAAAUUGGCCUGUGAACUGUAUCCCUCUCGUCACGUUGCGUUAUGUUUGGAUCCCUACUGUGGCCUUGGCUUUGUUAUGUGGACUCUCAUAGGCGUUUACAGUGGCCACCACUCAAUACUUAUCGCGCCCUACGAAGUUGAAGCUAAUCCCAGCCUUUGGCUGUCAACACUCUCACAGCAUCGUGUUCGAGACACUUUCUGCUCAUACGGCGUAAUUGAACUAUGCACCAAAGCGCUAAGCAACUCCAUACCUUCUCUGAAGCAGCGAAACAUUGACUUGCGUUGCGUACGAACGUGUGUUGUGGUUGCGGAGGAGCGCCCCAGAGUGCAGUUGACUCAGCAAUUCUGUAAGCUGUUUCAAGCUCUAGGCCUAAACACCCGCUGUGUCUCGACCUCAUUCGGAUGUCGGGUGAAUCCAGCCAUUUGUGUGCAAGGAGCUAGCUCUGCUGAAAGUGCCCAGGUGUACGUGGAUAUGAGGGCACUGCGAAACAAUCGUGUGGCUCUGGUGGAGCGUGGUGCGCCAAAUUCUCUGUGCGUAAUCGAAUCGGGUAAACUGCUACCAGGCGUGAAGGUCAUAAUUGCUAAUCCCGAUACCAAGGGUCACUGUGGAGACUCACAUUUGGGUGAAAUUUGGGUUCAAGCACCUCAUAAUGCAAACGGAUACUUUACAAUUUAUGGAGACGAAACUGAUUACAAUGACCACUUUAACGCCAAACUAGUGACUGGGGCUACUUCUGAGCUUUAUGCACGUACCGGAUAUUUGGGAUUCUUGCGCCGCACCGAAUGCUCACAAGCAGCCUCGUUACUGGACGAGACCACACCAAGUGUGGCUAGUCGGGAUAGUGAUACUGAGUCCCUGAAUUCCAUAAGCCAACUACAAUUAAACUUCUCAAAUGCUUCGUUGGGCGGAAACUCGGAGCAGAGCCUAAUAGGCGGUGCAGGAAAUCCAAAUGAUCAAGAAUUGCACGAUGCAGUGUACGUGGUCGGAGCAGUCGAUGAAGUGAUCUCUUUGCGUGGAAUGAACUAUCAUCCAAUUGAUAUCGAGAAUUCCGUGAUGCGAUGCCACAAAAAAAUUGCAGAGUGCGCCGUUUUCACAUGGACUAAUUUGUUAGUGGUAGUUGUCGAGUUGGAUGGCAAUGAAUCGGAAGCUUUGGACUUGGUUCCCUUGGUCACAAACACAGUAUUAGAAGAUCAUCAGCUAAUUGUAGGCGUUGUUGUCGUUGUUGAUCCAGGUGUGGUGCCUAUUAAUAGUCGUGGCGAAAAGCAACGGAUGCAUUUACGGGACGGCUUUCUGGCUGACCAGUUGGAUCCCAUAUACGUAGCAUAUAACAUGUAAAUACACAAUUAUUCUUAUGAUUGAAUCGCCAGUACGUAAAGGAAACGUAAGCAACCCCGAUUUAUCCCUAUCAUGUUUAAACAAAACAUUCGCAAUUCACUAACACAAUAUCCACAUAAAACGGCUCAUUUCGGCUUGGAUCGCCCAAAAUAAUUGCACAUUUCCUUUAAGAAUAUUAGCAUAGUAGCAUAGAUGGUAAACAAUUCUUACAAUAAAUGGACUAUUUAACUUUA